GUGCUACUCUCCCGGGGUUAUCUUUAGCAAGUCCGGGCUUCCGGCUGGCGGCGCACGCGCAGCCUCAGUUAUUGUGCACUGAGCGACUCUGUGGGUCUGGCCGGUGCUCAGGGGCCGCUGGGAAGAUGGCCGGAGUGGGCAUGGCGGCUCUGGGCGCUUGGGUACCUUGUCGGAGGUGGAGCAAAGCGGCAGUCUUCGGCUUCCACCGUGGCCUCACCGCGUUACUCGCCAGGAAGCCCGAGGGGACGCCGCUGUGGCUCCCAGCUUGCAGACAAAAGACAUCAGUCUCUUUCCUUAGUCGACCAGACCUUCCAAACCUGGCUUAUAAGAAGCUAAAAGGCAAAAGUCCAGGAGUUAUCUUCAUCCCUGGCUAUAUUUCUAAUAUGAAUGGUACAAAAGCAUUGGCGAUUGAAGAGUUUUGCAAAUCUCUAGGUCACGCCUAUAUAAGGUUUGAUUACUCUGGAGUUGGAAAUUCAGAUGGCAACUUACAAGAAUGCACAGUGGGAAGAUGGAGAAAAGAUGUUCUUUCUAUAAUUGAUGACUUAGCUGAAGGGCCACAGAUACUAGUUGGGUCUAGCCUCGGUGGAUGGCUUAUGUUUCAUGCUGCAAUCGCAAGGCCACAAAAGGUUGUUGCCCUUAUUGGUAUAGCAGCAGCUGUAGAUGGCCUAGUGACACAGUUCAGUCAGCUUCCUGUUGAGGUCAAAAAGGAAGUAGAGAUGAAAGGCGUGUGGGCCAUGCCAUCAAGGUACAGUGAAGAUGGAAUUUAUCACAUUCAGUAUAGUUUCAUUAAGGAAGCCGAACACCACUGCUUGUUACAUAGCCCUAUCCCAGUGAACUGCCCCAUACGAUUGCUCCAUGGCAUGAAAGAUGACAUCGUGCCUUGGCAUACAUCCAUACAGGUUGCUGACCGAGUGGUCAGCACAGAUGUAGAUGUCAUCCUCCGGAAACAUAGUGAUCAUCGAAUGAAGGAAAAAGCAGACAUUCAACUCCUUGUUUACACUAUUGAUGACUUAAUUGAUAAGCUUUCAACUGUAGUUAACUAGAAUCACAUUAUUAGUUGGUAUGUAAACUCAUGGAUCCAGAAGAUUGGCAGAGGGAUAACAAAUGAAAGACCUGAUACUUAGGUUUUUUCCUCUUGUCUCUACUUUGUAAAUAUCACACGAGUAUUUAUUUAAUGAUGUAUAAUACAAAUGAUACAAAUUGUGAAGAAAGUA